AUGUCGCUCUCCUCGACGUCGACCCUCAAGGGGCAGCUCACAAAGAGCCUGGGACCAAAGGCGCCGAUGUACUUUGACGCCCUGAGCAGCUUUGUCUGCGGCAAAACCUCUCGGACAGAAUUCGAGGAAUCUGCAAAACAGCUGCUCACAUCGGCUAAUCUAUUGCAGCUCCACAACGCUCUUGUUAUAUCGCUCUUCGAUGCCACAGCUACCCUUAAGCGCCCUCCGACGCCCCCGCCUCCUGCCUUGCCCAAGCCUCCACCUACCAAGCGCCGUCGUACACUGCUGCCAUACCAGGGCCCCGGUGUGCCAGAAGAUUCACGGACGAUCCGCUCGGCGCGGAUGCGAAAGUUUGCGCUGAGUAUCGGGAAGCGCGAGCGGGAGCGCGUCAAGGCGCUACAGCACGCCCCGCCGCCCGUCGACCCGCCGCGGCCGCGCAGGGAGCUUGAUGAGAUUGCAAGCGAGCGCGGGGUCGAGCUGUUGCCUGAGCGCGGCGAGCCGGCAGGGACGCGCGUGGCGAUCCAUCUGCACGCCAGCACGCGCGCGCCGACGCUGCAGCAUGUCGUGGAUCGGAUGAAGCUCAUUUGCGCACAGAACAACCUCAACGACCCCUCGCGCACCGUCUCCUCUCUCAUGACGCUCGCCUGCGAGGCUAAACUCAAACAACUAAUCACACAUGCCCUCACAUUGACCUCCACCUCGCACGCCAUCAACUCGAUUGCACCCUCUACGAGCACCUCUUCUCAAACCAUCUCCGGGCUGGUGCACCACCAUUUCCCGCAGAAACCCCCCGUGCUCACCGCCGACUCGUUCCACACGCUAUUCACCAUCUCCCCAGCCGACCUACCCAACAAGUCUGCCGCGGCGAUGCGCUUCGCGGUGUCUCCGUCGUCCAUCGACGAUGAUGAGGAUCAGCGGGCCGCCCUGCUUAAAGAGAGUCAAGUGAGAGAUCCAAAGUGGCAGCUAAUGGCGCUGCUCGCAGAGCGCAGCGCCGUCAGAGACGUUCUCAAAAGCCCCAGCAAGAGCCACCGAUGA